CUCGGCGCUUUCCGCCGGAGCGGAGCAGCCGCAGGAGCCGGCCCGGCCGCGCCCGCCGCCGCGAUGGAGUGAGGGGCCGCGGGGCCCGGCCCGGCCCGGCCGCCCCCGGCGACCGGCGGCUCCUGCCAGGUGACAGUUCCCAAGAUGUCCCUUUGGAGCAUCGUCUCCCACAUGCCGCCAGAGGAGUUCAGCGGCCUCUUCGCGGAGUUUCCCCGCAGCCUGCGCUGUCUCCUGGCCGACUGGCUGGAGAACCAGCCCUGGGAGUUCAUCAAUGGCUCAGAUGCCUUCUGCACCAGCAUGGCCAGUGGGAUGCUCUCAGCCAUGCUGGAGAAGCUCCGCAGCGCUGCCAGCAGUGACGGGCAGCAGUGCCAGAUCCUCCAGCAAGUCAGCGGCAUCGAGAACGCUUACCGGCGGGACCCGCUGCGGCUGGUGGCCGUCCUGAAAGCGAUCCUGGAGGGUGAGAAGGCCGCCGUGCUCAAGAGGGACCGUCACCUGCCCCUCAGCUUCCACCGGCGGCAGGAGGAGCUGAAGUUCAGCCUGGGGCUGCAGCGGCUGCAGCACCGCGUCCGCGAGAUCCAGGCGCUGCGGGACAACCCUGCGGCAGCCUCUCGGCAGCUGAACGUGCAGGACCUGCAGCUGAAGGCAACAGAAACGAAACCCCCGGAGAGCGAGCUGCCCACCCUGAUCCUGGAGGCUGUGAAAGAGCUGGAGGUGGCCAAGCAGCAGGUACUGAAGAGGAUCCAAAUCUGGAAGAGGCAGCAGCAGCUGGCAGGGAACGGGGCCCUCUUUGAGGAGAACCUAGCUCCGCUGCAGAAGAGGUGCGAGAGCCUGGUCGAGGUUUACUUCCAGCUGCACCAGCAGGUGAUGGCGGCGAGCGCAGAGCUGGGGGCUGAGCUGCUGCCCCGGCUCCUGGAGCGGUUCAACGAGGUGUUAUCCAGCCUGGUCAAGAGCUCCUUCCUGGUGGAGAAGCAGCCCCCACAGGUGCUGAAGACCCAGACCAAGUUCCAGGCGAGUGCGCGGUUCCUGCUGGGCCCCCAGCUGCUGAAGGCAUCGGCCAAGCCCUACAUGGUGCGGGCCGACAUGGUGACCGAGAAGCAGGCGCGGGAGCUGGCGCUCAGCGCCUACAGCAACGCCCUCAGCGAGAGCACGGGGGAGAUCAUGCAUAACGUGGUGGCCCUGGAGACCAACCCUACCAGCGGGACCUGCUGUGCCAACUUCAAGAACGUGCUGCUGAAGAAGAUCAAGCGCUGCGAGCGGAAGGGGUCCGAGUCGGUGACGGAGGAGAAGUGUGCCGUCUUGUUCAGCACCACCGUGGCCCUGACCCCCAGCAAUCUCUCCGUCCACCUCCAGGUCCUGUCUCUGCCCAUCGUGGUCAUUGUCCACGGGAACCAGGACAAUAACGCCAAAGCAACCGUGCUGUGGGAUAACGCCUUCUCCGAGAUUGACCGGGUGCCCUUCGUGGUGGCCGAGAGGGUGCCCUGGGAGAAGAUGUGCGAUACGCUGAACCUGAAGUUCAUGGCAGAGGUGCAGACCACCAAGGGGCUUCUCAAGGAGCAUUACUUCUUCCUGGCCCAGAAGAUCUUUAAUGACCACAGUGCCAGCCUCGAGGACUUCCAGAGCCGCAGCGUCUCCUGGGCCCAGUUCAACAAGGAGAUCCUGCCUGGUCGGGGAUUCACCUUCUGGCAGUGGUUUGAUGGAGUCCUGGACCUCACCAAGAGGUGCCUCAAAAGUUACUGGUCAGACAGGCUCAUCAUCGGCUUCAUCAGCAAGCAGUACGUCUGCAAGCUCCUGAGCACGGAGCCAGAUGGGACCUUCCUGCUCCGCUUCAGCGACUCGGAGAUCGGGGGUGUCACCAUCGCUCACGUCAUCCGGGGCAAGGACGGGUCCAGCCAGGUGGAGAACAUCCAGCCCUUCUCUGCCAAGGACCUGUCCAUCCGGUCCCUCGGCGACCGCAUCCGCGACCUGGGGCAGCUCCGCAACCUCUACCCCAACACCCCCAAGGACCAGGCGUUCGGGAGUCACUACAACACAGAAGAGCAGACAGGCAAGGACGGCCGGGGCUAUGUCUCCACUGCCAUCAAGAUGACAGUGGAAAGCGAAAGGGACCAGCAAGCUCAGAGGGCUGUGGGGGGCCCCCCCGAGGCCCCCCAGGCUCAGAUGCUCAGCCUGCCUGUGCUGCAGCCCGAGCUGCACCCCGAGAGCCUGCGGUCAGUGCUCAGCCCCAUCUGCCCCCCUGGUCCCUUCUGCCCCCAGCCCCUCCCCACGGGCUACCCCACGGGGGAGAACAUCAACAUGAUGGUCUCCGACAACCUCGGGUCCUCCUUCCCCAGCACGUCGCCAGUGCUCUCGCCGUCCCUGGUCAUGGACCCCACGUUGCCUCGCUGCCAAGACCUUGCCUUCAGGAACCCCUUGCCCUUCAUGCCCAACCAGUACAUGACGGAGGCUUCGUCAGAGCCACAGGACGAGGAGAUGCCCGAGCUGGCCCCGUUCACGUCGAUGGUGGACCCACCUCUGCAAAGCUCCCCAAGGUGGAUGGCACCCAGCAUGGACCUACCACCCAGCUCGGACUUCGAGCAGUUCCUGCAGGAGGUGUCCCUGGAGGGCCCCGCGCUGUGCCCCCCCUUCACGCCCCCCUUGCAGCGCAGCGGGUACCCCAGCCCCAACCCCUCGUGCUGGGGGCUGGGGGAGUCUCGGUGGGAUGACAGCGUCCGGCCAGGGCAUGCGUGAGGAGGCUGCAGGGCUGUUGGGGGGGGGGGGGGGAACGACAUCGGACUGCGCUCCCCCCCCCCCCCGGAGCCUUGUCUGGGUUCCUGGACUCAAUAUGAUUUGUGCUGGGGUGGAAACUCUGGCAGGGAGGGGGGAAUUCUUGGGGGGGGGGUGGGGAGGGGAAAGCACUUUGGGUAACACCCUGCCCCCCCCUCCUUGUGUAUAUGCUGCACUUCGGAGUACAGAGCUGCCGCCUGCCCCCCGCUGCUGCUGGGGUCCUGGGGGGGGGGGGGGGGAAGGGGGGGGGGCGAGGGGCCCCGACCUGCACAGGGGGUGUCCACAGCCGAGCGCAGUGCCCCCAGCCCACGCUGCCGGGCUCAGCCCCCGCGGGGGCCGCGAUGAGUCAGCUGCGGGGGUGGGAGGCAGCAGCGGGAAACGCGCUGGGGUGGAGGUGCCAGCCCGGUGCGUGACGGGACCCCCCCCCCACCCGGGACCCCCAGCACGUGGGGGACACACGGACCCCUAACACACCCACAGUCAGCGCUUGCUUUGGGAGCUGCCCCCCACCCCCAGCCUGGAGUGGGGCUGCAGCAGGGAGAGGGAGCCUGGGCGCGUGGGGGCAGGAAGAUAAGCCAUAAAAUAAAGUUUUAUUCCAAAAUAACAAAAUAAAUAAUCUACUGUACACGUUA